AACACUGUAGAAGCUAAUACAAAUACUCAGCCGGAUAGUUAGACAUUACCUGUACCUAGCUGUUGUUUCUGCAUUGUUUCUCCUUUGUUUGCGAGGCCAUAAUGUCUGAUGAGGAAGAGGACUAUAUGUCUGAUGCAUUUCUAAGUAAAAUACAAGAUGUGAAACCAGGAGUCAGCAUGGUGAAGCGGGUAAAAGAAGCAAUGAAGAGGGAGGCGCAGCAAAAGGAGAAGAACAUUAAGAACCGGCAGAAGACCUACAAGGAGCAGGAGAAGGAAAGUCGAGAAGCAGCUUUACAGAGCUCCAUCAGCAACGAGAACAAGGGAUUUGCACUUCUGCAAAAAAUGGGUUACAAAGCUGGUCAAGGCCUCGGGAAGGAGGGAGCUGGGAGAGUUGAUCCAAUUCCUCUAAACAUCAAAACCGACAGAGGUGGCAUUGGAAUGGAAGAGGUGAAGAAGAGAAAAGCUGAGGAGGAACUUGAACAAUAUCGACAGAAAGUACGAGCCAAACAACAGAAUGAGACCAAAUCGCUGGAAGAUUUUAGGUCAAGAGUAAGGACAGAAAGAGAGGAGCGUAAGAUUGAAGGAGAUCUCAGACGGAGUCAGCGAGCUUGUGAACAGCUUGACAGUCAGAAGGGCAUCACUGUCCCUAGAGAAGACUGGUACUGGCCAAAAGCAGACGCCGAUGAUGAGGAAGAUGCUCACAAGGAGGAGGAGGAGGAGGAAGAAGAGGAGAUUGUGGAAUUAACUUCAUUUGACAAACUGCAAAUUUUGACAUCCUAUUUGAGAGGAAUCCAUUUUUACUGUAUCUGGUGUGGGACCACCUAUGAUGAUGAAGAGGACUUGUGCUCUAACUGUCCUGGGGAUACAGCAGCAGACCAUGAAUGAACUUGAUAAAAAAUCUGUGCAGAUAUUCCUAGUGAAAACAUAGUUACAAAUGUUUGACCCCUAGAAUCAUUAUAUGUGUGAGUGGAGACAGCAUUUUACACAGCUGAGUUAAUAAAGUGAUCAGGAUUGGAGCAAGAUUUAAUUUGGUUAUCUUUUUUGAAUCUGCUGGCCAUCUCUGGAAAACUUCAGUGCUAAUUGUCAGUGGUAGUCUUUUUUUGUUUGUUUGUUUUACAUUUAAAAGUCCUGUGGGAAAUUUAUGAUACCUUUUUAACAUUUAUAUUUUGAAAAGAUGCACUGUGUUUUCAUUAAACAGGUCUGAAUUACCAAACAAAAUACAAGAUGUCAUUAUACCCCUAAACUUUAAAUGAGUGUGGAAAUUAUUAUUAUUUCGAUAUUCUGUCCUGUCAGUACUGGAUUUCAAUAUUAUUUAUCUUCUUAGCAGAAAAUGUUAUAUUCUGUAUCUGAUAACUUCAUUAUGGCUGCCUUUGUGCUUUCAUUUGUUCUUCUGAAGUGCUGAAAUGUAAUAAACGGA